AUGAAAGUGCACUGGGGUUUAGAGGGGGUUAAUGGGUGGGGCUUGUUAGGAAGGGAUAUUGGGCACUACGCGUGGGGCGCACCAACAGGCCGGCGGAACAGCCGCUGCUCGGCGCGGGUUGGCAAUUUUGCUGGUUGGGUGCCUAGUAUUGGUGUCCCUCUCCGUGGGUAUAUUGCGGGGGGGGGCGGGGGGGAUUGGGGGUUGAUGUAUAAAUGUUGGUGUUUGGUUGUAGGGGGGUGGUGCUGUUGGGGUUCUGUCUGGGGUAUUGGCUUAAGCGGGGUCAUUCGGCACAGGUUUGCUAUAGCUAGGGAGGACUUGGACCACAGGCGGUUGGGGGGUGGGUUUUUGUAG